UUUAGUCAAAAGCAACCAUUGACUGGAACCCGUUCUAUCCAGUAUUUGACGAAACGAAACCCAGCACAAAAUAGCAGCAGCAAAACGAAGCUCCGACGGCUUAAAGCUGCGGUGACGAGGCAUCAAGACCAGUACAAGAUUGAGGCGCUCUUCAAGUGGAAUCAUCAAUCAGCCAUUCACGUGGGAUGGAGAGCUGUUUGUUGGCUCUAAACUUGCCCCAUUAAAGAAUGAUGGAUCCCUUUUUGGCAGCGGGGUGACUAAACAAUGGAGAAGCUAUGAAGAAUUUUGCUUGAGGACGGAAAAUCGAGAAGCUCUGAGUUGAAUUUUCAAGUGAUAAAAGUAUUACAGGUGACUCAACCCCUUGGGUAGUCGAUAUCAAUAAGUAAGGCUUAGGGUUUCCAAUUACAUACACAGGGGUAUAUUCGGAUAGUCUAAGCUAAAAUAUAGUUAAAUUUGAUUAAAAAUAAAUUUUUUAUUUUAAUUAAACUGAACAAUAAUUAUGGAAGGGUAGGAGGACUGAUUUUGCUCAUUCCAACUUGCCACAUUAAAGAGAAUGAAUAAGUUUAUUUAUUUGUUUGUUUCAUUUUUGUUUGCGGACCGGGAGUUCACAGUCCAUGGGCUAAAUUAAAUAAACAUUUGAGUCCAGCCUAUAAUUUUUAACAUACAGGCCUUAUCAAAGGGCCCAAUUCUUAUUGGUCGCGGCACAAAACUUUGUGUUUGGCUGGUUGUCGGAUACUUAAUUUUGAUUGGAAGAAAACCGUCAGCAAGAAUGCAUAUUCUGGAUUUCGUUUGUUAGAACUCAAUUCAGAGAAUCAGUGAUACAAUUUUGAUGAAUCCCUAGAGAGGAAGUGUAUUCAAAAUAGAAAAGAAAUGGAUCCAGUGGUGGAGGAAGUUGAGAAAGUGAAGAGGGAUUUUGAAGAAACAGAGAAGCAGAUUUUGGAACACAUUAAAUUGAUUGAAGGAUAUGGGAAAUCCAGUGCAAGUUUAUCCUCCGAACAAGGAGAACAAGAUCAGCAAAGCAAAGAUUCAUUGCCUAGAUUAAAUGGGUUGGCUCAAGAUUGCUUGAGUUCCCUCCAAUCUUUGCAUUUCCAGCUUGACCUCUUGGCGCCUCAGCUUCCAGUCGACGAUCAAGUCAAGCAGGCUCAAGAUUUGGCAGAAUCUUGGCAAAAGCAAAUCCAGAGACGAGGCACACCAAGUUGAGAAGGAGUGAGUGAGGGAGUGGCAAUUGUGACAAUCACAUAUACACCUCAGGUGUUUUAGGGUGCUUUAAUGAAUUAUUGUUGCCACAACCUUUGAUUGGAAUCUCCUUUUAUUUCACUUCUGCAACUGCAAUUAGUAUUAUUGCUGUUAUUUGUUAGUUUGUCUAGUGAAAUUGACCGCAUCAAGCGCAUGGUUUUAAAUAGUGAACGACUAUCACUAUCGUGGUACAUGUUUAUGCAUAUUUACUUUGUGUAGCUACUUCUGUGGUAGCAGCAAUAUUCAUGAUUUAAAAUCAAUAACAAUAAAUGUGACUGUUUGAUGUUGGGAAUGUUUUCAUAAAUUUAGACAUCUAAUUUGAUUGUAUAAGGUUGCAGAUAUUGUGGCACACCACUUCAUUUCUUCAGCGUAUACAUCUCUGAUUAUGAGUCCGUCCUAGUUUAUCGUGACUCUUGUAUUAGUUGGAAAAUUGAAAUUUUAGCACUUAUUCUGUUGUUAUAUGAUUUGAGACUUGUAGUUGUUGUAUGAUAAAGACAUGCUGUUGGAUAUUGCUCUCAUUGUGAUAUUUAUUCAUUUUCUUCUCCAAUCUUAUACAUUUAGUUUGCGGUUGAAUCUGAGACAUGCAAAUCUGCAAGCGAAGGAGAACCUCAAAAGAACUGCUCAACAAGAGAGAGAGCUUCUUCUGGGAGGUGGAGGAGAGUCUACUGCCCGGCGUCGCAAUUUACAGACAAAAGCUGGGAUGACCUCUGCUGCUGAAAGCAUCACAGAAAGCCUUCGGCGCACCCGCCAGCUGAUGGUUCAGGAAGUUGAAAGAAGUGCAAGCACUCUUAUGACUCUUGAUGAAUCAACUACAGUAUUAAGCAAAGCUGAGAGUGAGUAUCGGGGUCACCGGUCACUGCUUAUGCGAACCCGGAAUCUUCUUUCCACUAUGCAACGUCAGGAUGUCCUUGACAGGAUAAUCAUCGUUGUUGGGUUCCUACUUUUUACCCUUGCUGUUCUGUAUGUCGUUUCAAAGCGUAUUGGUCUACUUAAGCUGCAGAGGAAGCUUAUGGAUGCUGUACGAACUGGUACGAUAAAAGAAUUAGAGAUUUUACCCAGAGUUGGCAGAGAUGCCGUAAAUAUUCGGCCUCCCCAAGUAAAUCAGGAAGCUGUUCCCUUGUUAGAUGUACCAUUGGAUAUGCAUGAUGAGCUUUGAAACAUUCUGCAGCAUCUUAUGGAACUAGAGAUUUUGAAAAUAAUCUUUUACAGCAUUAUUAUUACCGAGCUCAUCCUUAGCUUUCCAAAACUGAUACAACUUGCAGAGUAGAUCGUAUUCGAAACAUAAUCGACUAGAGUAGUGGAUACACUUUCUUUGCUUCUUUUUUUUUUUUUUUUUUAGGGGUGGGUGUAAAGUCACACAUGGCCUACCUAUUUGAUUUUAGCAUGUAUUUGGAUGUAUAGUAUGUGCAUCUAUUUUGCUGCAAAAGAAGUAGUAAAAGUUGUAAGAAAAAAUGUCAUUUCAGGGAAAAAUUUCCAAGUCAAUUUACAAACUUCAUACAGUAGUAAACAUUCUAAGAGUACAUGAGUACAACUUAAGCUAACAACCAGAAAUUUUUGUGAGUUUUGGAAUUUAGCAAAUAUCCUCCCAUAGCCUUCCUCUGCACUGCAACACAGGUGCAUUGGCUGUUCUGGAUCA